AUGUUGAAGUUACAAGUAUUUGUCGUAUUUCUUCUCGCGGUAAUCAUUGAAGCUGGACCGGUUGUUUACAACGAGCCGGUAUUGUUGUCUUCUUUAGAUCCGCAAUGGCACUUGAUUCCGGUAGAGCCUAAAGCAUCCAAUGAACCAAACCUCUAUGGUGCAGAGCAAGAGGCCGCAGAAAAAGAGUCGUUUUACGAUCAAAUAUACGGCUGGACUUUGAAGCCUAUUCUGGACUUGACGGAUUGGAUGUUAAGCCCAGUAAUGUCUAUGUACGAAAAAACAAUGAAUUUUAUGGGAUUUGGAAACAAAUCUAAGAAAAUGGACGACGGUGAUGAUGCAGCCCCGAGAUCUCGCCGCAAACGUGGAGUAGUUGGGUCAGUUGCUAAUACGGCUGUAAAUACUGUUCAUUUACCAUUAUCAUUUAUUUAUGACAUUGCAUUAGCGCCAUUUCGAUUAAUAAGACGUAUAUUUAAUUUUAUAACGGCACCAUUUCGUGCCGUUUAUAACAAAAUAGGAAGUUUAAUACUACCAUCAUCAUUUCGAAACAAUUCACAAAGUUCGAAUGUUGUAUUGGCAUUAUUAUCAAAUACAGGGUCAACAACAACUGACAAUGAAGAAAUGUGGAAUCAGAUGAUGAAAAAUGUGGGCAAAGCCGCUAAACGUAAUGCUGUUAAAAUGUUAAAUAAGGGAUGGGAUUAUACUAAAGCGGACAUUCUGCCGUCUCUCGAUUCACUUAUUGAAAAAUACGGUGAAUCUGAUUUAUUGCCAGAAGACUUUAGAAAAAUGCUUAAAAAUUUCCGUAGAAUUUAUCAAGUUACACAUAUGUUCAAUAUUAUUUAA